AUGACACAAUCAAAUUAUCAAGAAUAUUGUCGAGAAACUACUUAUCGCAUAACAUUCGUAAUUUCUAUGAGGAAUUAGAUCCAAAGGUUUACAAUAAUUUAGAACAUCAAAACUUGUAUGUGUUGAAUUUGGAUUGCGAUUACGCGAUUGAUAUUUUACGACAGGCACAUUCGAAAAGAAUGUUCGUCGCCCCGAUGAAGUGGUUGCUUUUUCAAGACCGAAAAACGGUGAUUGAUAACGCCAAUUUAACUUCUACAUAUGACAAUUCUAUAUUGGAUAUUUUUGAGGAUUUGGCGAUCUAUCCUGACAGCGAUGUGAUCCUGGCGCGAAGAUUCGAUGGGGACUUUCUCGAAUUAUUAUCCGUAUAUCGACCAAGUUCACAGCGAGAUGUAAUGUGGGAAAAUCGUGGAAAUUGGACAAUUGAAAACGGUUUACAAAUGAGUACUUUCGACGUGGCAUCAGCAAGAAGAAGAAAUCUUCAACAGACGGCUCUUAAAUCUUGUCUCGUGGUACUUUGAAAAAAUAUAAUGGUCACGCGAGAAAAUGCACUUAAAUAGAGAGACACGUUGUUAAAGCAUUUUGUGUGCAAGCUAAUGCAACAUGUGUGUAACAUCUAAUGUUGC